UUCGUCUGGCUUCAUUCUGUGUUCACUAUGCCUGAGCCCGCGAAGUCCGCUCCCGCCCCGAAGAAGGGCUCCAAGAAGGCCGUGACUAAGGCGCAGAAGAAGGACGGCAAGAAGCGCAAGCGCAGCCGCAAGGAGAGCUACUCGGUGUACGUGUACAAGGUGCUGAAGCAAGUGCACCCCGACACCGGCAUCUCCUCCAAGGCCAUGGGCAUCAUGAACUCGUUCGUCAACGACAUCUUCGAGCGCAUUGCGGGCGAGGCGUCGCGCCUGGCGCAUUACAACAAGCGCUCGACCAUCACGUCCCGGGAGAUCCAGACGGCCGUGCGCCUACUGCUGCCUGGGGAGCUGGCCAAGCACGCCGUGUCCGAGGGCACCAAGGCCGUCACUAAGUACACCAGCUCCAAGUGAGCGCGCAGAGCUCACAGCAAAUCCAAAGGCUCUUUUCAGAGC